AUGGAGUCUAUGGGCGGACAGCUGUUGAAGGCCGUUGAGGAGGUUACUUUGGAGGAGACAGGCACCAGACGCAUCAAAACCACACACCUGGAUGACCUCGACCAACUUACUGCUCGGCAGUUUCGAGCCACUCAGGCUCCCACAAUAUCCGUCUCCGGGCGAAGUCUUCCAUUAGUGUACAAGAUAAUAUCAACGCUCGUCUCGCCACCUCACUCCAAGGCGCUCUUUGUCCUUGACUUUGACGGCCGCUUUGAUGCCACUCGCCUCACAUGCACCAACGAUGACCUGCAACACGUUUACGUUCAACAGCCGCCAUGUGACGAAGGAUCCAAUACCAAUGUCGAGCACAUCAGAUCCCUCAUCGCAGAUGCCGAGCGCUUCAUGAUCUACGAAGACGACUCGGCGGCGUCUCACGCGCGUGAGUGGUGGGGUACCGUUGUUCUGGGAGGGUUGGGAGCAGGUGAUCUGGUCGCUGGGUGGAAAGGCUGGCUUCAUGUUGAACGUGAUAAUGUCCCAGAGUAUUCGCUGAGAGUGACCUUGGAAGAGGCUUUUGAGAGACGCUCUAAUAGGCAAGAGGUGGUUGAUGCCACCGGAUGGGCUGCAGCGUCACAGUGGGGGAGAUUUACUUUUGAGGAAUGA